AGUAGUGGGAAGGUGUGUUGGGGGUAGUGGUGUAUAUAUAGGGUUAGAUGGUGGUGCAAUUUCAUUCCCCCCAUUUCUUUUGUGAGCAAAUGUGCUAUGCACUUUCCAAACAGUGAAAGGCAGCAAUAUGCAACAUAAAGUCUAGCCUGCCGCAAAGCCAUAUGAAGAAGUAAAGUGCAAUGAGGUUAUCUUGAAGCUAGUGGGAGCACGCGACCAACAUCACCUGCCUAAACAGAAUGUGCAACACUGGAGUUUUCCAUUUGGCCACAGCUACCAUUGCCACUGUGCCUCUGCUACUCGUCCACAAACCAAACAAUCAGCAAAGUGUCGUGCAGUUGACAUCAACCAGGGUCAGUGUACCUUUUGGCCAAUGGAUUUUGCAGUAUAACGUGGAACCUGACACUCCAAAGCGGAGUAGCCCACUGUUAGCAAAAAGAGAAGUCUAGUUUACCCAUUUUAAACAGUGGAAAACGGAAUACCAGAAACCAACGCUCCACAGUUGACACUCGAGUGCGUGAGGACUACAUUUAUGUUUUUGGGUUGUGUUGCUUUAGCUAGCUAAACUUGCACACCACCGUGGGGACUGUUAGCUAAAGUAGCAACCCAAACGAAUAGUCUACGAAGMGAAAUCAUACCGUACGAGGAAGAGAGCUGCAAAAUCAUACUUGACCCUAUGAGGGAUGGCUGGUAAAGCUAGACUCCAUGAAGUCCUGGCUCUGAGUCUGUCCAGGCUCUGAGUGGAGGCACUUUCGCUCGGGCAGAAUGAGACUGCAAGGGUGGCCCCAGCGGUCCAUGUGAAGGGGAAGUGGAAGAAGGAGAGGAUGGGUGUCAAUGCUUCCAGCUAUCCCCAUUCGUGCUCACCCCGAUUUGGUAGCAACUCACAGAGCCAGCAGACGUUUAUAGGGACAUCCUCUUAUGGCUCCCAGGGCUAUGGAGGAGAGGGGAAGCUCUACAGCCUGGAGUCCGGCCCCGAGAAGCCCCAGGACAAGAAGAAGAAGAGCUCGGGCCUAGCCACGCUCAGGAGGAGAUUCAUCAAGCGCCGCAAGUCCAGCCGCUCGGCCGACCACGUGCGACAGAUGCGCGAGCUCCUCUCAGGUUGGGAUGUGCGUGACGCAAACGCACUGGUUGAGGAGUACGAGGGCACAGCAGCUCUCAAGGAGCUGAACCUGCAGGCGGGACUGGCGCGGGCUGAUGCCCGGAGCCUGCAGCGCGACCUGGCCGCCCUCUACCAGCACAAGUACUGCACGGACGUGGACCUCAUCUUCCAGGAUGCCUGCUUUCCUGCGCACCGCGCUGUGCUGGCUGCCCGCUGCCCCUUCUUCAAGACGCUGCUGUCGUCGUCGCCAGGCUACGGUGCUGAGGUGCUCCUGGACGUGGGCACAGCGGGCAUGGACGCGGCCAUGUUCUCGGCACUGCUGCACUACCUGUACACGGGCGAGCUGGGCCCAGAGGUGGAUGCGCGGCUGCGGAACAUGGACGUGUUGGUGCGCCUGAGCGAAGAGUUUGGCACACCCAGCUCGCUGGAGGAGGACAUGCAUGGCCUUUGCGAGCACAUGUGCUUCUACGACUCACUGCUCAGCUUCUCAUCUGACUCAGAGCUGGUGGAGGUCUUCAGUGCCGGGCCAGCUGUUGGGGUAGCAGCUGGGGGAGGAGGUGUAGGAGGAGGACCGGUCAUCCAAGGACCCGCGGACGAAGAGCUGCGCGCCCACAAGGCGGUCCUCUCGGCCCGCUCUCCUUUCUUCCGGAACCUCCUGCAGCGGCGCAUCCGCACCGGCGAGGAGAUUACAGAGCGCGCUCUGCAGACGCCCACGCGCAUCAUCCUGGAUGAGUCCAUCAUCCCCAAGAAAUAUGCCCGUGUCAUCUUGCACUGCAUGUACACGGACGCUGUGGAGCUAGCACUGGUGCUGAGGGGAAGCCCCUCAGCGGGGAGUCUGGGGGAGGUGCAGGCCCUGGUGGCCGGAGGCAGGGGGGUUGCCAGUCGUGCUGAGGAGGCAAUGGAGCUCUACCACAUUGCCCUCUUCUUGGAGUUCAGCAUGUUGGCCCAAGGUUGCGAGGACAUUGUGGUGGAGAGCAUCUCUCUGGACACGGUGGUAACCAUCCUGAAGUGGAGCUCGCAGCCCUACGGCUCAAAGUGGGUCCACCGGCAGGCCAUGCACUUCCUGUGUGAGGAGUUCAGCCAGGUCAUGACCUCUGACGUGCUCUACGAACUGGGCAAGGAACACCUGGUGGCUGCCAUCCAGUCAGACUAUUUGCAGGCCAGCGAGCAGGACAUCCUCAAGUACCUCAUCAAAUGGGGAGAGCACCAGCUUAUCAAGAGGAUGGCCGACCGAGAGCCCAACCUCCUAAGUGGCACGGCCCACAGCGUGAACAAGCGGGGGGUGAAGAGGAGAGACCUGGACCUGGAGGAGCUCAAGGAGAUCCUGUCCCCUCUGUUGCCCUACGUCCGCACCGAACACAUACUGCCCCCCCACAGCGAGGUCCUCUCUGACACAAUGAAGAGGGGUCUGAUCAGCACCCCUCCCUCAGACAUGCUGCCCACGGCGGAGGGUGGAAAGGCCAACUCUUGGCUGAGGCAAAAGAGUGCCGGCAUCUACGUGCGACCUCGCCUCUUCUCGCCCUACGUGGAGGAGGCCAAGUCUGUGCUGGAUGAGAUAAUGGUGGAGCAGACAGACCUGGUGCGCCUGCGCAUGGUCCGCAUGUCCAACGUGCCCGACACCCUUUACAUGGUCAACAAUGCUGUGCCCCAGUGCUGUCACAUCAUCAACCACCAGCAAAUCGGUGGCAGCCAGACGACCCCACCCUCAGUGGUGGCCAAUGAGAUACCAGUUCCCAGGCUGGCCGUGGUGAAGGAGAUGAUCCGGAGGCUGCAGGACCUGCGUCACACGGACCAGGUACAGCGUGCGUACGCCCUAAACUGCGGCGAAGGUGCCACGGUUAGCUAUGAGCUGCAGAUCCGCGUGCUUCGCGAGUUCGGCCUGCCGGAUGCCGCCGCAGAACUGCUGCAGAACCCUCACAAGUUCUUCCCGGAGGAGCGCUUUGGCGACGAGAGCCCCGUCCUAGCACUUCGCCAGCCGUCGGGUGGCAGCCGUAGUGGAGGGCGUUGCCGGGUCAACAGCAGCCCAGUUGUGGAGAGCAUGUUCACCGAUCUGGAGGCCAUGGCGGGCUUCCACCCGCCACUGCCACCUCCCCCGCCGCCUUACCACCCACCGGCCACGCCCACUCACAAUGCCCAGCUCAAAGCCAGUGGAUGGAGGCCUGGCCGUGCCCCCAGCCAGCCCCCGUCACGCUCUUUCUCCUACCCCUGCAACCACAGCCUGCUCCACCACACAGCGAGCUCCUCCUCCAAGCAUGGCAGCCCCGCCUACCCACCGGCGGCCAAGCCCCUGCCGCCAGACUGCACCAAUCGCCAGGGCGGGGGGGUACGCACCCCGCAUCAGGAUAAACAAGGGAACGUGGCGCCGGUCAUCAACGAGUUCAUGCCGGACAUUGCCAUGGGCGUGUCGGCCCUGACCCUGAAGGAGCGUCGCCUGCCCGAGGUCACCAUGGAGGUGGAGCCUCACGACCCACACCCUCACCCCUCCACGGCCCCUCCUGCUGUGCCCUACUGCCACCUGGGCCUGAACCGCCACGGUCCGUAUGCCUCCCGCAAGAGGCAUGCUGCCGAGCCCAAGCCCGAGGCCCAGGCGUCGGAGUAUCCUGACUUGUACGAGUUUCCCGGGCGCCACGUGAGCUCCUUCGCCGGGCCGGACCUCUACAGUCACAGUCGAGUUCCUUCGGGAGCUGGCCUGGUCCCUCCACAGUACUCCCCUGACGAACAGCAGCCAAACCCCUGCCGCGGCCCAGUCGGCACCCCACUCCGCCUGGAUGUUCUGGAGCAACCCCCCCAGAGACUAGAUCUGGCUCUGGCCAUGCAGAGCGGAGGAGUUCAAGCAGCCGGGGCAUCACACAACCCGAGAGGACGCGCCCGAACUGAAACAGACCUCACUUGCGGACUGGGACAGGCGCGGCCCGCAGAACCUUACUCCGAGGAGGUGGUGGGGGCCAGGGACCGCAGGUCGCCCAACAAACCUGAGUACCCUUACAGGAAGUCUGCACUCUGACCCUCCGCAACUAAGACUCAGAGGCCUCGGGAAAAGGCAAGAGCGCUAAAGGACGGUUUGCUCUAGGGGGAUUUGGGGUUGACGGCUUAGCAUCAGUGGUUGGCAGUGUCUCCGGUGACAGAGUGGUCAUACUCGCGCUCAGUUCAGGGCAAAGGCACUAAGCACAKAUAGUAGUCCCCCCCUCCCCCGGUGAGCCCCAGGUGCUGCACCAACUAACGAGGUGUGGCGGUCACAGUGCCUUCAGCACAGAGCCAUGGUGGGGGAUGAGGAGGAAAGGCUCGGUUUGGUUGAGAAUUAUUUGUCCAAAUAGAUUAGUCUCAUGAAUUAACAUAAUGGGUCCUAGCCCUUCCCAUCUCCCAGAUUGGAUCCACGCUCAACUGCUCAUCCUCCAAUCACCUUUAUUCUUCUCAAAAUUAAAGUCUUGACUGGUCAUCGAACUUGAAUAAAUCCUUCCCUUUCCGCCCAGUGUUUUGGAUUUUGACAACGCACAGUCAUCGUUUCAUUUCCAUUACACUCAUUUCCUGCAUCAGGAUGAGGGUACUGUAAAGUUAGAUAUUUAUAUUUUUGUCCCGGUGUGCUUUCCUUAGAAAUAAAUUGAAAAAUGCCCAGGCAAUGAGUUGCAAACUCAUUUCAGCAACCUGCCCAUUACAAAUAGCUCCUCCUUUUGAAAAAGGUGGAAUUGCAGUAAUAGCAGUUGUAAUCCUUUAUGACCCACGGGCUGUAUGUCAGUACGGGCAAUUUAAGAUUUGAGCAAGAGCACAAAGAGGAGAAGAGAAAAACAAAUUAAAUCUUCCUACUACUACCAAUGUGGCUACAAGGCAGGAAUAAUAAUUGCAUAGCUGCUUUUAUUAGAAGUGACUAUAGAAGUCAUCCACUUUGCAUACCCAUAGUUAAUGUGAGUGGUAGCCACUGCUCAGCGCUAUCUCUUGGUCCUCUCCCACACUUACACUUUGCAGAUGUCCUUUUUACCUUAACAUCACUGUAAUAUUUAAUAGCCUGAGUGCUGGGCACUGUAAGUCGUUUGAACCCUGGCUAGUAUUCCAAACCACAUUUCCCACUUUAUUGAUCUAUUACUGUCGAUUGGCCAGAAUGUGCAUAUACACCUGGUUUCCGGGGUCUAAAUUCAACCUCAAUAAUUAAAAAGGGAUAGCACAAUAGCAACAGCAAAUCAAGAACUGAAGUAGAAUAUCCCUGCCUUAACCCUACAGCAAUUUGUGGAGAUUUAUCAAGAUGCAGGCCCCAUGACUGUGCCCCUCUGCCUUUUCCAUAGCUCAGCAUGGCCGGCGGCCAUCUUGGAUAAACUUCAACCAAACCAAAGCCCAGUUCCUCAAUCCAAUGACUCCCUGUCUCCCUCCAUGGCGAUCUGAACAAGACUGCUUCGGUCACCAUCCUUACUUUGAUGUACUGUACCCAACAACCAACAAUUGUGAUGAUGUCAAUGGAGGUUUGUGGAAGGAGAAUUAAAGCGGGGGGAAACAGUUAAAUGGUUCCUCUUGAGGAUUUUUUUAAUGUCUUGUCCACUGGGCGAAAAGACUUACUCACAAAACCAGCGUUGCUUCAAUUAAAACAUGCUCACUCACGGGUCCUCCCUUUCGAUUCAGAAUCUCAACACAUUUUCCAUCCCAUUCUUCACUAGCCCCUGUUGCGCCGCAUUGUCAAAAAAUUACAUUGACUUGGGUUCAUUGUAAUUAUCUUCCUUCUGUUACCAUCUCCUCGCACACAGAGAAAUGAAAUUGCUGUAUUGUGCCCCUGCUAUACUACCAUUCACACAUUCUCUAAUAUUUUAUAACGUUUUCCGUUGCGUGCCCUAAUGAACAUGACCUGGCUCUCUGUAUAAUGCUGAUGCCUCAUGUUUGUCUGCGAGGCAGAGACUCACCUCUGAUGGUUAGCAAAUGAUGUUUCUCUCACAGAAAACCUCACAUGAAUACCUUUAUCUCAGCAGUUGAAAUUACUAAUUUCUGUAUGCCCUUUCAGCGUGCGAUGAUUCUCAAGGCAGAAGGUACUGGAGAAGCAUAGAAAUCCCUACUUGUUGGUGAUUUUUCUUAUUGUUCUUUUGAACCUGGUUGGUCAACUGCAGGGAGACAGACUAUAGUUAUUGUUUAAGGCGUUUACCUAGUCAGUUURGGAAGUUGGAUGAAGUCCUCCAGUUGGUUUUGAUGCAUUCAUGCAUGUAUGAAUGGUGGGACAUGGAAUACUCUUUCUAUCAAUUCAUGAAUGAGGUCUGAUUGUGAAGUAGGUUGGGAUAAGGUUGGCUAAGUAUGUUUGCAGGCUUUUUGAUAUGGCUUUUUGUCUCCCCUCGCUUUCGAUGGUGGCGACUUGAAGACUAAUGUAUAUCACCAAGACAUAGGAGAUGAGUAUCAAUUUGAAUUUAUUUUGAUUGUCACUGGCAUGCUCAGAACCUUAGUUUGGGUGUCGGCUCUUGUGUCAAGAGGGUCAAAAGUAGCAUCCGUCAUCUGAUAUUAGUUAUCCCUCUAACGGCUCUGUUGUUUACUUUUCCAUUGCUCUCUCCUCCACCCCCCUUUUGGGCUCAUUGGCAUUUGAUGGUGCAAUUCCUCAAUCCAAACUUGGGUCCCUUUCUGUUCUUUGUCUCAGCCUGGUCCCAGAUCUGUUUGUGCUCUUGCCUACUCCAUUGUCAAGCUAAAUGUUUGGCAUGACAAUUCCAUAAGGACCUGGUAAAAGAGCAGAAACAGACUUGCAACCAGACUAUGUCUUGUCUCUACCCAGAGUUCUUCACUUGCUAUAGACAGUCCACAGUACUUUAACCUCAAUCGCUCUCAUUUUACGCCAAGCACUCCCUCAUUUGAACCUCUGGAACUCAUACUGGAAUGCAAAUUAUUAGAACUGUACAGUAGUGCUAAUAUCGUUGAGAUCUAUCUUGAUGUCUCUGUGGCUGUUUUGCUAAGAUCAUAACCUGCAGAAGAUUGUUUUCCUUGGCUUUUCUGCUAAUCGUUUCGACCUCCCGCGGGUGAGUGCUCACUGCUGCUGCUGCUCGAGGCUAGAAGGAGUGGUGUGUGUGUGUGUGUGUGUGUGUGUGUGUGUUGUUGAUGCUCUGUUCUCCGCCUUAGGGGAUGAGCUCAACAACAACUAAACCAGUGUCCAUAGUGGGCUCUCUCUUACUAAUGACCGUGGACAGUACUGUAGCUAUUAUGGUUGUGAAAGAGAGGUGCAGUUGUCAUUGGAAGAGGAAGGAUGUCUCGAGUGGGAGGUUGCCAGUCUUGGGUAGUUUGAAUCAUUUCUAUUUUUGGGUGCUGGGUUGGAGUUUUAGUAUGGAUAAGUUUUUUUUAAUUACAUUUUUCAAAGACCUGACUACUCUGCAAUAUGAGACUGUCAGUCUAUAAGGAGGGGAGAGAAAAAAGUGAGCGUGUCAGCGCAGCCCUUUGCAAACAAUGGGCCUGUCACUGUGACUGCUGCAGCAGUGAGCUUAGAAGAGAGUUCGCCCUCUCAGCAACCUCCUCCAGACACCUCUGUACCUUAGCCUUAUCCUCUCACUUAAUGCCCAGAGUACUCCCACGUAGACACUUUGCCGCACCGUACUGCAGCCCCCGAGGCCAGAGCCUCCCCUUCCUCCCUGCAGACCGCCAGGGUCAUCCAGACCUGACCUACAGAAGAUGGAGGGAGAGGCAGAGAUGGAUGGGACAGCCAUGGGAGUGGGACAAAAAUAUGAAAGAUAUGAGAGAACCAUGAGAUGUUAUCUCCCGCUUUUCCCAUUAGCGAAGGGCUCCCCCGGCAGUAACGUAGAGAUAGGAGCUUCAGAUCUAAUGAACACGUUGCCCCCCUCCAAGCAGCAGGAAGGGAAUGCCAGGCCGUGCUCUAUUGGCCCACUUUUCUCCUGGGUUUGUUUUAACCUUAAAGGGAAGGUCUUCAACCCCGAGACCCUGUGUGAUAAAGUGAUAACCAACCAGGCACGUUGGAAUCUGAUUCUGCAGCCCCUGAGGACUGCAGCCGGAGGUCUCUUGAAUCGAAUAACAGUCAAAUAAAAUCUACUGAUGCAGCUUUCCGCAAACUGGCAAAUCCAGGUUUGAGCUAUAUUCGUUAUGUAUUUGGACUCAUGAACUAAUUUCCCUAGCCAAAAUAGUUACCCGUUUACUUUACUAAAACUGCACAUGUAUGAGAUAAUUGCUAUGCUAAUAUAGUUAUGAGUUUAUGGCAGUUUGGCAAAUACAGGUGGUAUGAUCUGUUUUCUCUCCAAAUACAGGUGGUAUGAUCUGUUUUCUCUCCCAAUACUAGUGUGAGCACAUUCUCACUGACACAGGUAUGAAUUGAUUUUGUUGGUCAUUCAGGUAUGAGCUCAUCUAUUUUAAUGGAAAAUGCAGAGGUCUCUUUGAAGUGUAGAGAUGAUCCCCUGGUCUGCCCUGAAGUGUCUCAUCUGUGCUGAGGAUGAGGGCUUGACUCCUGGCUUUGGACAGAGUGAGUAGACGAGCAUUACCAAUCCUGCAGUUUGUACGUUUUUUUUGUUGCCUUUCAUGGGUUAGGCUAGAUGACUAAUUCCYUUGUAAUGUAAUAUUGUGUGUUUUACCACAAUGGUUGGACAAACAUAACUGUUGCAAUAAAGAUGAAAGCUGGUAACCCGCGGACUGUUAACCCUUUAGAGAACCAAUAUGAUGAUGCAUACCCACUAAUUUGAUUCAGAAUGAUAGACAUUGACUGCAACUUGUACAGAAAACCUCACUAUUGUACUAAAAUUAUAAUCUCAUAACAGUAUUGUAUGUUUGUUUUCACUGAUGAGUAGCACUCCUGUAGGUAGAAUGGAGAUGUUCAGUUGAUUGUCCUCUUGGGUAGUUUGAGUUUGGCGAGUGACACAUUUCCCUUCACUAACCACGUUUCUGAGUAGUCAUACAGUAUUUA